CGGGCCGGGACGCGGAGCAUGGAGCCGCGGGCCGGCUGCCGGCUGCCCGUGCGGGUGGAGCAGGUCGUCAACGGCGCGCUGCUGGUCACCGUGAGCUGCGGCGAGCGCAGCUUCGCCGGGAUCCUGCUGGACUGCACGAAAAAGUCCGGCCUCUUCGGCCUGCCCCCGUCGGCUCCGCCGCCCCAGGCCCAGGACCCGCCUGUCAACGGCUGCCACGGGCCGGCCCCCACGGAGGGGGACACAGAGGCGAUGCAGCUGGGGACAGGCCCCCCGCCACCUCCCCGUGGGGACCAGGCCCCUGAGACCGCCAGCCCCGAGCCGCCCCCGCUGCCCGCCGGAAGCCUGCCCCCGUUCCCGCCCUAUUUUGAAGGCGCCCCCUUCCCUCCCCCGCUCUGGCUGAGGAACACGUACCGGCAGUGGGUGCCGCAGCCGCCCCCCCGGGGCAUCAAGAGGACACGCAGGCGCCUGUCCCGCAACCGCGACCCUGGCCACCUGGCCCUGAGCCCCAUCCGCCUGCGGCCCCGCCAGGUGCUCUGUGAGAAGUGCAAGAGCACCCUGAGCCCCCCGGAGGCCAGCCCCGGCCCCCCGGCCACCCCCCGGCCGCGCAGGGAGCCCCGAAAGCCCGAGGACCCCGACGGUGGAGGCGACGCCACCGCCAAGAGGAGCAAGAGGGAGAGGCGGCAGGAGGCGCGGGCCCGGGUCCCCCGGAGCCCGGUCAUCAAGAUCUCCUACAGCACGCCCCAGGGCACCGGCGAGGUGGUGGAGAUCCCCUCCCGCGUGCACGGCUCCCUGGAGCCCUUCUGCCCCCCGCAGGCCCCGCCCGGAGGCCCGGACCCCGAGGUGCCCAGGGACAGGCCACCCGCCGGGGCCCCCGCCUCCAUCCCCAAGCUGAAGCUGACGCGGCCCCUGCCCCCCAGCGCUGCCCCGCCGCCCCCCAAGAUCCGCCUGAAGCCCCACCGCCCGGGGGCUGGCGAGCAGGAGCCCGUCUACAGGGCCGAGCUGGUGGAAGAGCUCAAGGGCUGUGGUCGCGGCCCCCGGGCUGGCUCGCCCGCGCCCCUGGCUGACGGCUCUGCCCGCUCCGGGCUGGCGGACUCGUCUUCUGGAAGUUCCGGCGAGGACGACGACUGCAAGGGGUGUCCCCGAGGUGAACACGGGCGUGACGGCCUGGCUUUUCUCGCCGCCUGCCCCCGGAGAACUGGCUGUGCCAGCGUGUCGGUGUGGAGCAGCGACAGCCUGGACGAGUCCAAAUCGUCCAGCUCAGAAGUGACGUCACCAGACAUGUGUGACCUCUCGUCCGGCGACGGUGCGUCUGUGCCGGCCUCGUCCAAGGAUGCGCGGCCGACGGUCCCACCGCUGACGGUCAGGCUGCACACGCAGAGCGUCUCCAAGUGCGUUACCGAGGACGGAAGGACCGUGGCCGUAGGGGACAUCGUGUGGGGUAAGGUUCAUGGUUUUCCUUGGUGGCCAGCACGUGUCCUGGACAUCAGUCUUAGCCAGAAGGAGGACGGGGAGCCCUCCUGGCAAGAAGCGAAAGUCUCAUGGUUUGGUUCUCCAACUACAUCGUUCUUGUCUAUUUCAAAACUCUCCCCUUUCUCUGAAUUUUUCAAACUGAGAUUUAACCGUAAGAAGAAGGGGAUGUAUCGGAAAGCUAUAACAGAGGCUGCCAAUGCCGCCCAACACGUGGCCCCGGAAAUAAGGGAGCUCUUAACCCAGUUUGAAACGUAACUCGGGUUCCGACCAGGUCACAGACAAUGAGGGGAUGGCUAUUCCCCUGCAGCUCCUGACUUCAGGGGUGUCCUCCGCACCCCCGCUCCGUCCCAGGACCCUGCAAGCCUUCUGGCCGGCUGCGCGCAGAGACCCGGCCCGCGGGGUCAGCCUGGUUCGAGGCCUCCGGGGGCAGCAGGUGCGUCUGGCCACGAGGACAGACCCCCGGAGCACUGCGACUCCUCUUGGCCAAAUGUAUUUAUUCCCCCGACGCAGACUUUAGCUUUUCUGGUUUGUGAAGAGCCAGAGCCCAGCAGCAAGGGUGGCCUCCGGGAUCAGGGCGCCCAGGGGAGCAGGGCCGCCUCACCUCCCUGCUGGCUUCGGGACAACCCAGCCCCGGGCGCACGGGGUCUCUGUGCGCUUGACAACCGGCCGCCUCCCCAUCCCCAUCCCCCUCCGUGUUCGUCCAGAGCGUGGGUCCCGCUGGGCUCCCCGCACCAGCCCCAGGGCUGCCCUGUCCCCCUGUCCCGUGCGGGGGUGAUGCAGUCAGACUUCAACGUGAGAAGGAUUAAAAACCUCGCCUGUUCUUUGUAAGAGGGCGUUCCGUACCCCUUUGUGUCACUCUGAAGACCAAAAAGCAAAAAGAAAGGUAAAGAAAAUGAGUUCUGCUCUUGGUUUAAAUGUAAGAGAACAAAGAGGUGUGCGAGGAAGUCACCCUGGCUCGGGCGCAUCUGCGGUGCUGGGGGACCCUGGGGCAGCGCUUAUCGCGUGGACAGUGCGGCUUUGGGGACGGGUCGCUUGCGGUCCUCCUUGCCCGUGGGCCGGGUCGUUGUUCUGGCUGCUGCCGCAUCUCGUCCGGCCCCCCUCAGGGCUUUCUAGCUGGCACGACUUUCCCAGGCAGGACGACGUCUCAGGAGGUGGAGAGUUUUGCUCUGGUUUCUCCCUGUGAAACCUCGACCCCCUGGUUUCCUGGUCGGCUCCUUCAGAGCCGAGGGACAUCCCAGAGGGGACGGUGGUGCCUCUGCCUGUUCCUGGCUUUACUAGAACAUUCGGGGUGUCCCCGCACCCAGCAGGACCUGCUCCUGGCCAGGCCGGAGGUCCUCUCCAGGAUGGAAGAGGGGUGGGACUCCCCUCCCCGUGGGGCCUGGGGUUCUGGGCCUGACUCUUGGGUGCGGGUAGCGGGAAGACGGUGGUUUUCAAACAUUUGGAGCGUCAGAGCCCUUUUCUCAAACAGAAUCUUACCAGAAUAAACCCCCUAGGAGGAGCUCUUCUGGUCCAGGCCCUCCCACCCUGAGACCCCCCCUAGAGGAGGGAGGGGCAACCUUGCAUGAGUCCAGGAGGGCAGAGAGGGGGUGCAAUCCUUCGCCUGCCCUCCCCAACCCAGGGAGCCCCCUUAUGCCCCUGCCCUGAGGGUCCAGCAGAGCCAAGGCCCCGACUUGGGGCAGGGCAGCCUGGCCUCCGUGCGCAGGCCAGAGGGGCCGUCCAGACCCUCUGCGCCCGCGGUUGCCCAGAGCUGUUGCCCACCUCAAGCCCCGCUCUGCGGCCUUGGUCCUAGACGGCUCCCUUGGGGGCCAGGGGCUGCCAUGCCCACCUUGAGGGAGACGCGGCUGCCCUGGGAUGAGGCCUGGACUUGGGGAGGAGGUGCCGACCGCGCAGAGAGAGACAGGGCGUUCUCUGUAAGCGAGGCACUGCUCCGUGGAGAAACGCGUGCCUCAGAGUGAUCGGGACUCCGGUCCCCCGAGAUGGCAGCCUGCCCUGGGCACGUUCACUCCUGACUACCGGCCUGGCUCUCCCAGCCCGGCUCUCCCAGCCCGGCUCUCCCAGCCCCUCCCUGCAGGCCAGCGCAGCAGGACCAGCCCCAAGGUCAAGUGCGAGGAUGGCCACCAGCACAUGGGGCUUUGGAGCUCCACAGACAUACGGGGGACCGCCUCUACAGGAGACACAGGCAGUCCCGUGCCCUGGAGUCGUCCCUGGACCGUCCCAGGCCAGCGCCCUCUAUGGUCCAGCUGGGCCCGGCCCUGAUAUGACCCUCAGGCCUGCAGGCUCCCCGGUCCCUUGACCACCCUGCUCCUGACGACCUGAUGCCGCCUGGUCCUGCUCUGGGCACUCUCCUGCCCUGGGCUGGGGGCCUCUCCAUGCCAUGGCCCCAAGGCUCCCCUCCAGCCACCCACUGCUCAGACACCCAGGGCACCCAGGAUGGGGCUGCCCCCACUGAAGCCUUCAGGAGGGCGGCUAGGCCGGAGGGGCUAAAGGGGAGCCAAGUCCUGAGCUGGAGGGGCUUCCCCUGGGAUAGAAGGGAAGCCCCCAGAUGGAGGAGCUGCUGAGCAGCUGGCCAGAGGGCAUGAAGCCUGGCAGGUCCCCUCUGGUCUCCCACACCAGCACCACUCUUUUAGUUUCCAUGGAAGCCUGGGGCUGGGAGGACCACCGCUAUCCCGUUGUUCGGAUGGGGGCACCAAGGCCCCGAGAACGCACCACCAGGCGGUCCUGUCCCAGGUCUUUAUACGCCCCCGCCAGCUGGGGUGCACUGUCCCCUGGGACAGACAGCAGUUCUAAUUGAAAGGGAAGGCAGCCUUUUUUUUUCUUCAGUCUUUGUGACUGUUUCUUUAAGCAGCAAAUUGAUCAUGUUCUCUUGCCAGUUUGAUUUCAUUGCAUCUCACCAUGCCCUUCUGUGUGACCGUCAUUCUUCUUAGGACCCAGGAGGUAGGACCCUCACCAAGAGCUGGCCCCCCAGACCUGGGUUGAUGGCUGGCCCCUGGUGAUAUCUGGGAUGCCACAGUGAUGUCCGACCCUCCGCUCCUUCCCCCCACCGGCCGCCCCCCCAGAGGCUGGGCACAGUGGCUGUAGGAAGGGAGUGGGCCUCCAGGGGAGUGGGCACCUUGGGGGGGGGCGGGGUGGGAAAAGCUCAGUGGAGCAGGAAGGCCCCUGCCAUUCUGGAAGGGACUGGGGAGGGGUCCCCUCAACAGAGGGACCCCACAAGCACGUCCCAGGCAGGAGGGGCCGGUGUGCUCAGGAGGGGAAGGGCAGGGAGGCCGGGCUGUCAGCGGAGCCGAGGGAGCCGUCCGGGGCCCUCCUGACUGUGGGUCCCAGCUUCCCACGGGUCUCCCUACGGGAGCUCGUCUGCUCCGAGAACAGAGCCGGCCGGGCCUCCCUCGUGUCCCUGUGGGGAGGGUUCUGACCCCUUAGCCUUCCGGGGACCGGGGUGGGCCCCGCGUGGAGCCCGUGGGGAGCCCUCGCCCCGCCCCCCGUGGCCUUCCAGCCUCCAGCCCCACAGGUCCCUGCAGGCACCCAGCAAGCGCUCGCCCACCCGGUCACACGACCCUGCUCCCCAUGGGGCUGGCCGCCCGACCCCCGCCCCUUGGCCAGCUGUCCUCACCUUUGCUGUGGAGCAGGCUGGCCGGUGGAGGACAGCAGGCUGGAAGGCGACAAGUGUGCAGGGCACGUGACUGGCUUUCUGUCACCCUCCCCCCGUUCCUCCAGGGGAUGGGGUCUCGCACCCCCUCCCAGCUGCGGCGGGGGGCAGGGGCUGGCGUGGCCGGUGCGGGAGGAGAACACCCUCCUCCCGCUCACUGCCCGUUCGAGGUCCUCCAGCCAGGUGGCCCACUUCGGCCAGUCCGCUCCGUCCCGGAGGCCCGAGCCCCCGACCCCCGAUCCACGGUCUUCAGAGGCCAGAGCAGCCAAGGAGGCACGCACUGCGGGGACAGGGCCCACGUGGGGUCCUAGGUCUGGAGUCCACGGUCUCCUUAGCGUGGCCACUUCCAGGCUGAACCCACAUCAAGGAGAAGGAAGGUAGAGGGACACAGGACACGGCCCAUGGCGGCCUGGCUCCCCCCGACACCCUGGGGUGGCGGCUUACUUUUGGACUUGCGGUGCCAUCUAGAAGGAGCCAUCGGGUGGAGGGGCUCCGAUUGGGUGGCGGCCCAAGGAGGUGGUGGAGGUGGGUCUAGGGGCUGGAGGGGCUUCCCCUGGGAUAGAAGGGAAGCCCCCAGAUGGAGGAGCUGCUGAGCAGCUGGCCAGAGGGCAUGAAGCCUGGCAGGUCCCCUCUGGUCUCCCACACCAGCACCACUCUUUUAGUUUCCAUGGAAGCCUGGGGCUGGGAGGACCACCGCUAUCCUGUUGCUCAGAUGGGGGCACCAAGGCCCCAAGACCGCACUGCCAGGCCAGGGUGAGGCUGAAGGGGUCCGGGACUUGUCCUCUGGGGGGGCAGCCCCUGCUCACCCUGCCGCCCACCAGGGAGGUCAACAUCUUCUUCAGCUCUCGGAACUCCAUGGGGUGUGCGACCUGCCUGUACCAGGCAGUGUGAUUCUAGACGUGGGCCUGGACCCCAGGGAGGCCUGGGCUUCCAGGUGGGGGCCAGGUGCUGUGCAGCAGGGGUCGUGGGUGGGGCUCUUGGCCCCAGGAUGACCAGCUUCUGCAGCCCCUCAGUCCCCGAUCCCCCCUCCCCACUGCGCCUCUGGUCUCCACUCCCCAUAAAGCACACAGUAUGGGAACCUCACAUGCCACCUGCUAGGCUGCUCUUGGGGGUGGGGGGCGGUGAGGGGCAGAGCAAACAUUUCCGGGGCCCUCACCGUGGGCCCGCAAGUCGCCACGGUGCCCACAUCUCACAGCUGGGGCCACUGGGGCUGGGGCAUCCCAGCUGGUCCCCGAGCCCUGUCUGCAGGGUUUGAAGGCCCUGCCACCGGUGGUGUGGCCCCCCUGCUGUACCAGGAACCCCGUUGCCGCGUGACUCUUCUGGGCGUUACCAGAUCCUUCCCUGUGUUCCUGGUCUCAGGCCACCCAGGAAGCUCUGCCUGACUCCCCUGCCCAGUCUCGCCCUUCCUGCCUUGGGCCUGGGGCGCGUCCAGCGGGCAUCUCCACCGCUGAGCGGGAGCUGUCAGUGGUCUGAGGCUGGGGCCGCGGGCACCCAGAGCCUCCCGCGGAGGAGGCAGCCGGCCUCUGCCCUGGCAGUCGUCAGGCCGAGGGUGGAAGGCAGAAGUCCAAGGUCAGGGUGCCGGCUGAUCCAGUGCCUGGUGAGGGGCCCCUCCUGGUGCACAGAUGGCGCCUUCUGAUGACUGAGAGAGCCUGGUCUCCCCUGGGGAGGACACUGUCCCUAUUGUGGGUGUCUCACCCUCAUGACCUCAUCGAAACUGAAUUACCCCCUAGGGCUCCUCUCCAAAUACCGUCGUGUUGGGGAUUAUACGUCACCAUGUGGAUUUGGGGGCUGUGGACACGAGGAGGCACCCUGGACUGGGGCGGUGUGAGCUGGGCCUCAGGGAACAGCCAGGAAGGCGGCAGGAGGAAAAGCGGGUGCCGGGGGUCUUGAGGGAGCCGGGAGGACGGUGAAUGGACCUGGACCCGACCUGCCGGGCACUGGGGAGGGGGCGAGGACUCAUGACCGGAACCGGGGUCAGGAAGCCCUUCAGUCCAUCUCGUCUCCCCAGGCCAGAGGCACCUGGUCAUUCCAGAGCCAGAUUGACAGAGACACCGCUCUCAUCCCAUCAGACCCCCCCCAUCACAGGGUGCGAUUCAGCGGGUUUCAGGGCGUUCACAGGUUGUACCGCCGUCACCACAGUCGGUUCCAGAGCCUUCCAUCACUGCCUUCAGCCACUGCCUGAGCCCGGCCCAGCCCCCGAGGCCUCACGGCCGAGUCCCGUCCCCGGGGAGUCGCCCAGCUUGGACGUUCACACAAGCGGGUCUCGUGGUGCGUGGACUCGGCGCCCGGCUUCCCCCCCCGGAGCUCAGCGUUUGCAGCGCCCACACUGCUGCCUGCGUCAGGGCUCCCCUCCGUCGUGGGGAAUAGCGUUCCCUGGCUCGGAUGAGCCAAGUUUUGUUUGCCCCCUUUUCUGUCGUGGACACUUGGGUUAUCUGCCUUGUGGCUGCUGUGAAUACCCCGUGCAGUCUCGGGUGACAUGUUUUCAUCUCACCUGGGUACACGGGGUCCUUACCUCCUGGGAUUCACUGUCUCAGGUGACUUGCUGAGACCCUGCUCCCUGGUUUCGUCUGAGACGCAGGCUCCUGGCCUGUGGCCCAGCUGCCUCCCCGGCCUCCCCCCACGCCCAGGGUUCCGUGCCCCGCCCCACCCGAGUGGCUGCAGAGAGGGCAGUCGUAGGGUGGGCUCCGGAGAGGAGGGGCACAGGCCUGACUGGUCCUCCGUCACCCGGCUCCUGGCACGCUGUCCAGAGAUGCCUUCCCGUCGUCCGCCUUGCUGCAGAUGCGCCAGCCCUUCCGGACGGUCCCCGACCAGCAGCUGCCCUGUGCUGAGUAGGGGCCUCCUGGCCAUCACAGCUUGUCCCACUGGUGCUCGGGAGGAGAGGGGCAAGGCGGUGAGGCCCCCUCCCGCAGCCAGUCCCAGGCCCCCCUGGCCUGGCGUGUGGCGACGGGGCCCCGGAGGUGCCCAGGCCCAGCAGGGACGACCCUACAGGCGCAGGCUGGGUCCACCGCGCGGGCAUCGCCUUCCCUUGGUGGGCUUCUUGUUGCACCUGGUGUGGAGCCCUACAUCCCGGACACAGGACAAAAACUCUGGGAUUAACCAAGCCCCCAUAGCAACUGUUGCCAUGGGCUCUCCUAACCUAAACCGGACAGCCCCCCACUCCAUAUUAGGUAAAAUAAUCACCAUGUAGUAACCUUGUAGUAUCUUGACCAAUCACCUAAUGCCAUCCUGCCAGCAGGAAUUUUCUUUGUCUUGAGGCUAUAAAAGUUGGCCACUAGCCCACAAAGGGGGCCGGCUCUCCCUGGUCCAUCAGGAAGUCUGCCCGCUGGAUUCGCAGCGCCCCUCACUAACUCUGCUCCUUGUUCUCAAUAAACUCACUCUCAUCUAAAA